AUGAAUCAUAGUGAUGAAGAAACUAUGAAGAAAACCAGUGUAGUGAACCUUGAUAAACUUUUAUAUGACUUCUCAGAGAUAGAAAAGAAAAUAUCAGAAAUUAAUGACGCAAAUAACCUACUGAUUCAUCAGCUGGAAAAAUGUAACAGAUUGCUAACAUUAAGCCAAUCAAAGGAGGAAUCAGUAAAAGAGGAAUGCAGUGCUCUACAGAAUGUAAUAAAGGGUCUAACACAAACCAUUGAAAACCAGUGUAACGUGAAAGAUGAAAAUGAUAGACUGAAAGGAACCAUUCACAUCUUGCAAGAUAAAUUAAAGACUUGUGAAGAGGAGUAUAAGGAUCAAAUUGAGAAACUCAUGACAGAAAUUAAAAACAAAGAGGAAGACCACAAAUUAGAAAUAACACAGUUGAAUUGCGAUACAAGGAAAAAAUUUGAAGUAAAAGAAAUGGAGUAUAGAGAAGAGAGAGAGAAAAAAGAACUGGAAAUAUUAGACCUAACUAGACAGCUGAAAAUUCAAAAUGAAGAGAAGCAGAAUGAAAUAAUUAAACUGCAGAUAGAGUUCAAUGCUAAAUUGGCAAGAGCUCAGGAUAAAACCACCAAGUCCUUUUCAGACGCUUCGGUCUUACCACAAAGUAUCUAUCGAAGGAAGCUGCAGCAUCUCCAGGAAGAGAAAAACAAGGAAAUUGAAAUUCUCCGAAACACCAUAAGAGACUUGGAGCAACGUCUUAAUAAAGGCCAAGACCUGCCCUUCAAACGGAGGAGAUUCUGAGUAAAUGACUUGAAGUAUUUCCAAUUCUGCAUCUCAAAAUAAAAACAAGAUAGGAAGAAAGUAUGUUUUAUUGAAAACACUCAUGACAGACAUUCCAAAGGCAAGCAUUCUGUAUAUAUUCAAAGCUACUCUCUUGCUAAUCAACAUUCACAAUAAAAAGAUUCAGGUUUUGUAGGAGUAGUAAUUUCCCUAUUAAACCAUCAUUAAUUAUGGUGUAUGCUUUCAUAGCAGUUUUCUUUUCAUGAAUAUUCUCUUCUUCAUCCAGGAAUCCUUCAAGCAACUGGAUUUACUUCCAUUCAGUUAAUCAAACAUUAGGAAAGCUAGG